UUUGGAACUCAAUUUCUUUGUUACUUUUUUCUUUCUUUAACCUCUAUCCCUUUUUUAUUCAUAAUGACAGAUGUGAUUACCCUCAUAAACGCUAAAGACUAUAAGGCACUUGCUCAAUACUGUGAGUUUGAGGAGAUUCAAAGCGCGUCCGGUUCCAAUAUUAUGCUCGGGCAGUUAUAUCCCGUGUAUUUAGCCAGUUGCAUUUUGUUAAACGAUCUUCAAUCUGCUCGACAUGUACGUAAGAGAAUCUUGGCUUCUAACAACAAAACACCUGAAAUAGAUGCCAUUUGGUCUGUUGCGACAGCUUUGAUACAAAAAUCUUAUCCACAAGUGUAUCAGAACCUCGAUAGCUUCCAAUGGUCUGAGUAUAUGGUACCUUUAGUGCAACAGAUAAAAGCGGACAUCAGAGAACAAAUGUUGAUUAUGAUACCGAACGUCUAUACUUCGAUUGAGUUGAAGCAAGUGCGUGAUUACUUUGGUACAAGUGAGGAAGAGUGUUUACAAGAAUUAUCUACGAGAGGAUGGAGGUUUAACGAAACCACUCGAGUUUUGUUCCCAGUGAAACCAGCCCCUAAACCUCGUAUCUCGACUAAUUCUAACCAGUUUGAAAAGCUGUCAGACAUUGUUUUGAGCCUUGAAAAGUUUUAAAAAUAAAAAUUAUAACUCGAUUUUUUCAUCGGUAACUUGUUUAUCAAAA